GUGGAGCUAGCUCGUCGCCUCGACCGCCGGGGGGUCGUGUUUUUGUUUUGUUUUGUUCUCAUUCUUUAUUUUGGGGGGCCUUUCUUCAACGUUCCUUUGCCCCCAGCGGCCUCUACAACUUUGCCGAGCUCAGACCCAGCCGGUCGCAAUGCGGGGCGAGGAGUCGUCUGAUUCGGAGUCGGGCCGCAUGGAGGAGAGCGUCGUGCGGAGGAGUUUGGAGACGCUGUGUCAGGAGCUCAACAUGGACGAACGCACAGCUACCGAGGCCAUGGACAACUUUACAGCCAUUUGGAACACGUACACGCUGGAGGGCGAGCUAGUCCACUGGCUAGCUUGCGCAUUGUACGCCGCCUGCAGGAAAGGGUCCGUUCCGACGGUGGGAAAAGGCUUCAUGGAGGGUAACUGCGUGUCGCUCACCAGGAUUCUGCGCACCGCCAAACUCAGCCUGAUGGAGUUCUUCUCCAAAAUGCGCAAAUGGUCGGACAUGUCCAACCUGAGCGAGAACUUCCGCCUUCGCGUGGAGCGUCUGGAGCGCAACUUUGAGGUUUCCACCGUCAUCUUCCGCAAAUUUGAGCCUAUCUUCGCCGCCAUGUUCCGUGGACCCUGUGAGGCUCCGCCCCCUCCAACGCGCCAGCCCCGAGGCCGGAAGCACCGCCGGCUGCCCUGCCACACCGCCGACGUCUUUAAAUUUUGCUGGACGCUUUUUGUCUACACCAAAGGGAACUUCCACAUGAUCGGCGACGACCUGGUCAACUCGUACCACCUACUGCUGUGCUGUCUGGACCUGGUCUUUGGAAACGCGUUGAUGUGCGCCAACAGAAAGGAGCUCAUUAACCCCGCCUUUAUUGGUACGUCAGGGGAGGAAGUGCAGGCGUGCGCCGACGAGGCGUCUCCAUGCGUGCUAGAGAGAUUGUGCGAGCUUCACGACGGCCUGGUGGUGGAAGCCAAAGGCAUCAAACAGCACUACUUCAAACCCUAUAUGCACAAACUCUUCUGCCGACAGAUCCUGAAGGGCAACGCGGACCUUUUAACCGAACUUCUGGAUCCUCACAACUUUAUCGACAACAACAAAGCGCUCAACCGCGAGUACGAGGAAUACGUGUUGACAGUGGGAGACUUUGACGAGCGUAUUUUCCUGGACGCCGAUGCCGACGAGGAAAUCGGAACGCCCAGAAAAAGCUUCAUGCAUUCUGCCGCCGCAGGGACGGGGCAAAGCGGCCCCCAGAAGCAGCUCCAGCAACACGUGGAGAAGUCCGCCUCUCUGGCGCCCUCUACGCCCCUGACUGGCCGCGGGUACCUGAAGGAGAAGGAUGCAGCGGCCACACCGGUGUCGUCAGCCACGCAAAGCGUCAGUCGGCUUCAGAGCAUGGUGGCCGGACUACGGACCGCCCCCAGCGAGCAGCUGCUGCGCAUUUUCAAGUCAUGCUCAAGAGACCCCACGGAGGCCAUCGUAAGCCAGGUGAAGACGCUCGGGCAAACCUUCAAGGAGCAUUACACCAACGAUUCCGGUCACUCGGCGGGUUCUCACGUCGAUUUUGCCAAGAGUCGCCUGAAGCUGGCAGAGAUUCUCUUCUACAAAGUUCUGGAGAACGUCCUGAUGCAGGAGACCAAGAGACUGCAGGGAAAAGAUAUGAGCGCUUUGCUAGAGCAGGACAUCUUCCACUGCUCCCUUCUGGCGUGUUGCCUGGAGGUAGUACUGUUCUCCUACAGCUCCCAGAGGACAUUUCCUUGGAUUAUCGACAUCUUCAAGCUGGCCCCCUUCUACUUCUUCAAGGUGAUCGAGGUGUUCAUCCGCUCAGAAGAAGGCCUCUCCAGAGACAUGGUGAAGCAUCUCAAUCUGGUGGAGGAGCAGGUGCUGGAAAGCCGGGCGUGGACCUCUGACUCCGCCCUGUGGAGUGCCUUGCGGGCGGCCGGAGACAAAGUGCCUACUGUCGAGGAGGUGAACUUCUCGUCUAGUCUGGACUCCGGCGGUUCGGCCACGCCUGGCACGGCCCAGGCCCACCUUCCCCUGGUGGCGCUGUCACCCAUCGUGCACCCUCGCAUCCGAGAGGUCCGGUCAGGCAUGGGCAGCGCACGAAAAGAAGUUCCAGUGUCCCCGCUGGCGGUACAGGACCGCUACAGCUCUCCCACCGCAGGCAGCGCCAAGCGCCGGCUGUUCGGCGAUGACCCGCCAGCAACGGUGGCCGCAGCUGCCGUCACGUCACCCACUAAGCGGUUGACGCUCAGCUCCGCCGGCACCCUCAAGAUCGGACCCCAGGCGGGACAGACCACUGUGCUCAGUAUACCGCUGCAAGGCGGUGGUGGCGAACGCACCAUCACGUUAAUCCCCGUCCAGCCGUGCGACACGUCGAGUGGCGUCACGGCUCAGUUCCUCCUGACGGCGUCACCCGGCCGCCCGCUUCCCGUUGCUGUUCCGGCGUCACCCACCCCGUCCGAAAGCCAGGUUGCCGGAUGCGGGCGGCCGCAACGCACCGGAUCUCUGGCGCUCUUCUUCAGGAAGUUGUACCACCUGGCCAGCGUGCGUCUCCGUGAUCUGUGCGCCAGGCUGGACAUCUCGUCUGAGCUGCGCGCCAAGAUCUGGACGGGCUUGGAGCAUUCUCUUGUCCACGCCACUGAACUCAUGAGGGACCGACACUUGGACCAGAUGCUGCUCUGCGCUGUCUACAUCAUUGCCAAAAUCUCUAAAGAGACGCACACGUUCCAAGACAUCAUGAAGUGUUACCGCAGCCAACCUCAAGCUAGCAGCCAUGUGUACCGCAGCGUCCUCUUGCAGCGUUCUCCCGGGCGGCGGGAUGUGUCAUCCUCGGACGACAUCAUGGAGGCGGAGCCCACGGAAAGCCAGGAAGAACGCGGCGACCUCAUUCAAUUUUAUAACAACGUCUACGUGCUGAAGAUGAAAAGCUACGCCUUGAGAUACGCCUCAUUUGAUAACAGAACAGACGCUCCACCACUUUCUCCGUUCCCAUCGGUGCGUUGCCACCCUCCUUCUCCCCGCCGCGUGUCUCAGCGCCAUUCCUUGUACGUGUCCCCGCACAAAGGGUCCGCGGGAGGACCCGCGCCACACGCCUUCACCUAUCGCUUCAACAGCAGCCCGUCGAAGGAGCUGUCUGACAUAAACCGCAUGCUGCGUCAGGGCUGCAAUGGGCGCAAGCGCGCGCUAACCGCAGAGGGCCAGCCCGCUGCCGCCACACCGCCGUGCCACUCCCCCAGCAAGCGAGCCUGCCCCGACGGCGGCGGCGCCGACAUUCUCUUCAAACGGCUGCAGGACGUCGUGUCGGAACGACAGAGCCACUGACACGAUUGCUACGCUAGCUUUUAAACCCUUCGUGCCUCAAGUUACAUUUAACAUAUUUGCAUCAAAAAAAGCAUUGGGGCAAUACAUAAGUAUAUGAAAAUAUAGUGUUAAUACAAAAAUGCUUAUUAUAGAAAAUUGGAAAAAUUAAAGCCACAAAUUAUAAAAUCAGUAAUAAAUUCAUCAAAAAAAUUAAGUUAAUAUUUUUUUAAAGACAUCGAUGAAAAAUAAAAAAAUUCAUUAAAAAGAAGUUGAAAUAAUAUUAAAAAUUCGUUCAUUCAUUUUUUAACUCCUUGCCUGCCGUUGACCAGGAUAGAUGUCUUUGUUUUCUUGUCUUUUCUAUUUUAUUAUAGAUGUCCAGUUCAUCCAAAGUGUGAAGAAUGACUCACGUUUCAUUGGCGCUAAGCGUCCAAUCCAUUUUGACUGGUUUACUCCCUGUCAAAGUUGAUAAGAUUCUAGUGCCGUCAAUGGCAGCCCUUGAGUUUUAUAAACAAAAUAAAACAGGUGUUUUAAACAUAAAUUAUUUUUUUAAUCCAUUUUCUAUUUUAUUUAUUUUUUAAUUUGUAUUUUUGUUAAGAAUUUUCCAAUUUUUAGUUGUAUUUUUCAAUAUUAUUUUAUUUCUAUUUUAUAUGUACUUAUUUCCCCAAUGCUUUUUGUUGUAUAUGUAGAUGUUCAAUGUAAAUUCAGGCAUCGCAGGGUUAACACAAUGGAAUCCAUUCACUGCCAUUGAUGCCAAUAGACGUCAAUUUGUUCUGUGCGCCCGCAAUGCUAACAGUUAGCAUGCUUACAAGCCUUUGUCAAAAGUUUUUUAACAUUUUUUUUUUAGGUUUUGAGUGAUUAUUUAAUUGUCAUUGUUUGUGUGGAACUUUUACGUUGGCUUGGGAAAAGCCAUUUAAAAAAAAAAAAAAAAUUCAAGUAAUAAUGAUAAAAUACAUUGUUCUAUUAUCCAAUCUGCACAUUAAAAAUACUUUGAUUCUUU